AUGAAAGUAGCUGAAUUAAUAUUCCACUUUAUAAUCAUUACAAUAUUAUUGCUUGGGGACAAAAAUUUGAAUGGAUAUCCCGCACAAAUGAAAAGAAUUACAAGCGUAAAUAACACUUUGAAAGGUCAAGAACGACAAAACCAUCAAGAAAACCAUUACACAGUAAACAACAGCGAGAACCGAAAUCACCAGGGCGUUGAUAAAUUACGUUCUCGUAUAACCACUUAUAAAACUGGAAGUAAAAGUAAGACGUUAAGUGAUUUUCAACCAGAAAAACGUCCACCAACAAAUGAGACCGAGAAAGGCAGUGGAUCUCAUUCUCGUCACGAUCAACAUCAACAAAAAUAUCCACACGCACCUACGCUAGUUGGAUGGAGAAAUGGAUCUUUAAGUGGUCUGCAAGGUGAAAACACUCAAAAAAUCUAUAUCACUGUGAACGCCAGUGGAUCUCAUUCUCGUCACGAUCAACAUCAACAAAAAUAUCCACACGCACCUACGCUAGUUGGAUGGAGAAAUGGAUCUUUAAGUGGUCUGCAAGGUGAAAACACUCAAAAAAUCUAUAUCACUGUGAACGCCAGUGGAUCUCAUUCUCGUCACGAUCAACAUCAACAAAAAUAUCCACACGCACCUACGCUAGUUGGAUGGAGAAAUGGAUCUUUAAGUGGUCUGCAAGGUGAAAACACUCAAAAAAUCUAUAUCACUGUGAACGCCAGUGGAUCUCAUUCUCGUCACGAUCAACAUCAACAAAAAUAUCCACACGCACCUACGCUAGUUGGAUGGAGAAAUGGAUCUUUAAGUGGUCUGCAAGGUGAAAACACUCAAAAAAUCUAUAUCACUGUGAACGCCAGUGGAUCUCAUUCUCGUCACGAUCAACAUCAACAAAAAUAUCCACACGCACCUACGCUAGUUGGAUGGAGAAAUGGAUCUUUAAGUGGUCUGCAAGGUGAAAACACUCAAAAAAUCUAUAUCACUGUGAACGCCAGUGGAUCUCAUUCUCGUCACGAUCAACAUCAACAAAAAUAUCCACACGCACCUACGCUAGUUGGAUGGAGAAAUGGAUCUUUAAGUGGUCUGCAAGGUGAAAACACUCAAAAAAUCUAUAUCACUGUGAACGCCAGUGGAUCUCAUUCUCGUCACGAUCAACAUCAACAAAAAUAUCCACACGCACCUACGCUAGUUGGAUGGAGAAAUGGAUCUUUAAGUGGUCUGCAAGGUGAAAACACUCAAAAAAUCUAUAUCACUGUGAACGCCAGUGGAUCUCAUUCUCGUCACGAUCAACAUCAACAAAAAUAUCCACACGCACCUACGCUAGUUGGAUGGAGAAAUGGAUCUUUAAGUGGUCUGCAAGGUGAAAACACUCAAAAAAUCUAUAUCACUGUGAACGCCAGUGGAUCUCAUUCUCGUCACGAUCAACAUCAACAAAAAUAUCCACACGCACCUACGCUAGUUGGAUGGAGAAAUGGAUCUUUAAGUGGUCUGCAAGGUGAAAACACUCAAAAAAUCUAUAUCACUGUGAACGCCAGUGGAUCUCAUUCUCGUCACGAUCAACAUCAACAAAAAUAUCCACACGCACCUACGCUAGUUGGAUGGAGAAAUGGAUCUUUAAGUGGUCUGCAAGGUGAAAACACUCAAAAAAUCUAUAUCACUGUGAACGCCAGUGGAUCUCAUUCUCGUCACGAUCAACAUCAACAAAAAUAUCCACACGCACCUACGCUAGUUGGAUGGAGAAAUGGAUCUUUAAGUGGUCUGCAAGGUGAAAACACUCAAAAAAUCUAUAUCACUGUGAACGCCAGUGGAUCUCAUUCUCGUCACGAUCAACAUCAACAAAAAUAUCCACACGCACCUACGCUAGUUGGAUGGAGAAAUGGAUCUUUAAGUGGUCUGCAAGGUGAAAACACUCAAAAAAUCUAUAUCACUGUGAACGCCAGUGGAUCUCAUUCUCGUCACGAUCAACAUCAACAAAAAUAUCCACACGCACCUACGCUAGUUGGAUGGAGAAAUGGAUCUUUAAGUGGUCUGCAAGGUGAAAACACUCAAAAAAUCUAUAUCACUGUGAACGCCAGUGGAUCUCAUUCUCGUCACGAUCAACAUCAACAAAAAUAUCCACACGCACCUACGCUAGUUGGAUGGAGAAAUGGAUCUUUAAGUGGUCUGCAAGGUGAAAACACUCAAAAAAUCUAUAUCACUGUGAACGCCAGUGGAUCUCAUUCUCGUCACGAUCAACAUCAACAAAAAUAUCCACACGCACCUACGCUAGUUGGAUGGAGAAAUGGAUCUUUAAGUGGUCUGCAAGGUGAAAACACUCAAAAAAUCUAUAUCACUGUGAACGCCAGUGGAUCUCAUUCUCGUCACGAUCAACAUCAACAAAAAUAUCCACACGCACCUACGCUAGUUGGAUGGAGAAAUGGAUCUUUAAGUGGUCUGCAAGGUGAAAACACUCAAAAAAUCUAUAUCACUGUGAACGCCAGUGGAUCUCAUUCUCGUCACGAUCAACAUCAACAAAAAUAUCCACACGCACCUACGCUAGUUGGAUGGAGAAAUGGAUCUUUAAGUGGUCUGCAAGGUGAAAACACUCAAAAAAUCUAUAUCACUGUGAACGCCAGUGGAUCUCAUUCUCGUCACGAUCAACAUCAACAAAAAUAUCCACACGCACCUACGCUAGUUGGAUGGAGAAAUGGAUCUUUAAGUGGUCUGCAAGGUGAAAACACUCAAAAAAUCUAUAUCACUGUGAACGCCAGUGGAUCUCAUUCUCGUCACGAUCAACAUCAACAAAAAUAUCCACACGCACCUACGCUAGUUGGAUGGAGAAAUGGAUCUUUAAGUGGUCUGCAAGGUGAAAACACUCAAAAAAUCUAUAUCACUGUGAACGCCAGUGGAUCUCAUUCUCGUCACGAUCAACAUCAACAAAAAUAUCCACACGCACCUACGCUAGUUGGAUGGAGAAAUGGAUCUUUAAGUGGUCUGCAAGGUGAAAACACUCAAAAAAUCUAUAUCACUGUGAACGCCAGUGGAUCUCAUUCUCGUCACGAUCAACAUCAACAAAAAUAUCCACACGCACCUACGCUAGUUGGAUGGAGAAAUGGAUCUUUAAGUGGUCUGCAAGGUGAAAACACUCAAAAAAUCUAUAUCACUGUGAACGCCAGUGGAUCUCAUUCUCGUCACGAUCAACAUCAACAAAAAUAUCCACACGCACCUACGCUAGUUGGAUGGAGAAAUGGAUCUUUAAGUGGUCUGCAAGGUGAAAACACUCAAAAAAUCUAUAUCACUGUGAACGCCAGUGGAUCUCAUUCUCGUCACGAUCAACAUCAACAAAAAUAUCCACACGCACCUACGCUAGUUGGAUGGAGAAAUGGAUCUUUAAGUGGUCUGCAAGGUGAAAACACUCAAAAAAUCUAUAUCACUGUGAACGCCAGUGGAUCUCAUUCUCGUCACGAUCAACAUCAACAAAAAAUAUCCACACGCACCUACGCUAGUUGGAUGGAGAAAUGGAUCUUUAAGUGGUCUGCAAGUGGAUCUCAUUCUCGUCACGAUCAACAUCAACAAAAAUAUCCACACGCACCUACGCUAGUUGGAUGGAGAAAUGGAUCUUUAAGUGGUCUGCAAGGUGAAAACACUCAAAAAAUCUAUAUCACUGUGAACACCAGUGGAUCUAAUGGUGGAAGUCUUGCACCACAGCCUAUAACCUUGAACGCCAACGGAUCUCAUUCUCGUCAUGAUGAAUACGGACAAAGAAACACGCACAGACAUGAGCUAUAUGGUAGGGGUAACGGAUCUUCGAUUGAUGGAAGGGGUCAAAAUAUGUCACAAAUGAACAUAACAUGGGACAGACAUAAUAGAUAUUAUGGGAAAUAUCAUUCUCAUUAUGGUGAAUACGGACAAAGAUACACGAACAGACAUCAGCUAUAUGGAAGGGGUAACGGAUCUUCGAUUGAUGGAAGGGGUCAAAAUAUGUCACAAAUGAACAUAACAUGGGACAGACAUAAUAGAUAUUAUGGGAAAUAUCAUUCUCAUUAUGGUGAAUACGGACAAAGAUACACGAACAGACAUCAGCUAUAUGGAAGGGGUAACGGAUCUUCGAUUGAUGAAAGGGGUCAAAAUGUGUCACAAAUGAACAUAACAUGGGACAGACAUAAUAGAUAUUAUGGGAAAUAUCAUUAUAUCAAAAAGGAUAAUGCAACACAGAAGCAUUAUGACGAUUAUUGGAAGGGAAUACACCCGCAGAAUUUCUAUAAAGAACAUAUUAGAGGAAGUCAAUAUCAGCAGACUAGAAGAGUUACAAUGGAAAAUGAAAACCAUGAACAUCCAUAUCGAUUCGUCGAACUUUAUGAUAACCGACUUAAUACCGUAAUUACAAAACCAGCAAUAAAUAAUUCGGAAAUCCAACACUAUGAACCAAAUCAAUACGCACCUCCACCGGGUUCGACUAACACAUAUGAAACUUCACAAAGAAACACAUUCAGUGGCCUGUCAAACUCACCAACUCGAGGCAAUCCUCCAUCAACAUAUGAUUAUCAGAUUUAUCAACCUCAAAUCUCACAGUAUGUUCCGAAUCAAUACGCACCUCCACCGGGUUCGACUAACACAUAUGAAACUUCACAACGAAACACAUUCAGUGGCCUGUCAAACUCACCAACUCGAGGCAAUCCUCCAUCAACAUAUGAUUAUCAGAUUUAUCAACCUCAAAUCUCACAGUAUGUUCCGAAUCAAUACGCACCUCCACCGGGUUCGACUAACACAUAUGAAACUUCACAACGAAACACAUUCAGUGGCCUGUCAAACUCACCAACUCAAGGCAAUCCUCCAUCAACAUAUAAUUAUCAGAUUUAUCAACCUCAAAUCUCACAGUAUGUUCCGAAUCAAUACGCACCUCCACCGGGUUCGACUAACACAUAUGAAACUUCACAAAGAAACACAUUCAGUGGCCUGUCAAACUCACCAACUCAAGGCAAUCCUCCAUCAACAUAUAAUUAUCAGAUUUAUCAACCUCAAAUCUCACAGUAUGUUCCGAAUCAAUACGCACCUCCACCGGGUUCGACUAACACAUAUGAAACUUCACAACGAAACACAUUCAGUGGCCUGUCAAACUCACCAACUCAAGGCAAUCCUCCAUCAACAUAUAAUUAUCAGAUUUAUCAACCUCAAAUCUCACAGUAUGUUCCGAAUCAAUACACACCUCCACCUGGCCCAACUUUAAGAUAUGAAGGUGAACAUCCUAAAACAAACAGUAACUCAUCAAGCCCAUUGAUUGAAAGCAUUGAUCAAUCACCUUCUGGUGAAAUGAUUUAUCCAUCUGCUAACAGACUCUAUGGUUAUAAUGUGUACUCUCCAUCAACUUCUCCGGGGGUUUCACGUGAAUACUUACAAGGAAAAUCCUAUAGCAAUUUUCUCGUUUUGGAGCGCAAGAUUCAUAAAUCCUCAUGGCAUUCACUAUCAAGACGUCACCACGAGUCCUUAGGGAAAGUUAAUUAUGAUAAUUAUGCUUUGCCUUAUCUCGUGGGUGCAUAUGCAGACACGUAUUACAAAGAUCGUAAAACCUUUUCUUAUCAAUUAAACACCACAAAACCCUCGCAUAAUGAGACGAAACAAAAACGUCGAAAUAUUAUAACGAACCGCAAACGUGGCAACAGCCUCUGGUCAGAUGAGUGGAACAAGAGAUCAAAGGGUAAGUAUCAAAGCAAACGGAAGCAGAAGUAUAACUUCAAGUCACAUAAAAUUACUACAACUAACAAGAAAAGCGCUUUUAGUGCUAUAUAUUCGGAAUUAGUCAAAAGUAAUCUCUGA